GCCUUGCAGGUAGAGGAGAAUCCAUAACAAGAUAAAGCAAAAAAGAGGAGACAAGUUUUCUUUCCCAGUCCAGGAAAAAGAACCUGUUGGAUUAUAAUCUGCUAACAGUGGAGAGUGCCAACAUGAGCAGUGAGGGGGCAGAGAAUCCCAUCUCAUCCACACUGACCCAGGGCCUGAAGAGAAAGAGGGGGAGACCAAAGAAGCAGCCACAGGAGGAUGGUGGAAACACAGCUAUUAUCCCACAGGAUGCUGAGGAACCACAGCCAGUGAAGAAACCACGAGGAAGGCCAAAAGGAAGCAAGAAAAUGACUGCUCUAACUGGAGGAACGGCAGAACCUCCUGCUGGCAAGAGGCGAAGAGGGAGGCCCCGCAAGUGGCCUCAAGCAGUGGUCCAAGAGGGAGAGUCUCAGGAAGGAAAUCCUCUGGAAAGCAAUGACUUGAAUUUGAACUCGGCACCAGCCACACAAGACAUCACUGGAAAAGACGGCUCCAGGCCUGGCAAAACCACUGGUCUCAGGAGAUGUCUGAGUAACAUCCCUGCUGCAGCUCAGUAGUGUCCCACCUGUUUGUGUCUUGCUGAAGCCAGAGGAGUGGAAAGCAAACAGGACUUUUAAUGUUGUAUUUCAGAUUCUUCAUUUGUGAUAAUUGUAGCCAAGCUCUCUCCUGUUGCCUGUGGACUUGCUUACCCCAAACAUCCGAACAAGGAUUUAGGGGAAGAAAUGGCAAAUUGCCUUGUUGGAGAGAUGCCUUUUAGAGUUUGUAGUGUAUCUUCUGCGAGUAUAAUAAUUUCUCUUUUAAAUACUUGGAUCACCCUGUGCCUUGCCCUGCCACAGAGAACAGUACUUCAACAGAAGUUGACUCAGCAAUUCAGAUACAGGAAAGGAAAUCUAUUUACACAGCUAAUGGCUGAGCUUGUCUGCCAUAUCACCUCUGGCAGGCUGAUGGAGCAGUGCCAGGAGUUAAGUUUUGCUGUGUUUCCCAUAGGGACUGUAUCUGAAAGACAGCCUUUGAGUCCUUUCUUGACUAUUUCAGAACAAAAAACCUUCAUGGCAUUUCCAGCUUGCCCUGCACUGCUGUUCCAGUGGCCAUACAUUCCAUGCUUUAGAGGAAAGUUUGCACCCUGAUAUCUUGGGGAUUGAUUCUGAAAUUUUUAUCUUAAAGUGAUCAGCUCAGGGCCUUCUCCUAUAACUUCUUCUGGCCUGGUGGCUCUCCCCCCAUGUUUGAUAGCAGCUCCAAGUGCACAGUGCUUACAAGCUUAGUCACAGCCACUGGAUUUCAUCUCUUCAAAGGAGUGUCUGUAAAGAGCCAGUUAAAAAGUUGCUUCCUUGCAGAGCCUGGGGAUUCAAUUUAAGUUAGUUUAAAUUCAGUCCCUAACAUGCGUGUGUGGGGUCCUCUAGUGUCACAACUAUGCAAAUAAAAGCUGCUGAUAGUUCAGUUUUGGGAGACAGCAGUAGCCAGUUGGUUUGAGAUUGUUACUGGCUGCUCUGUUUCACACUGUUUGCAGAUUUGUGCUUUUGGUGUCAGAGCUGUUAAAUUCUGAGGAAUUGAGGGUAUUUCCAAUAUCCAGUUGCAAAUAGUGAAAUCCCGGUGGUGUUUUCCAUCUCCUGGAUGUUCUGCCUGCCUAUUAAAGGGACAAAGUGGGUAUUUCAAUUAUCUCUGACAGGAUGUAAAAUUGGCUAGCUUUACAGUGUUAAAUAUUUAAACAGAACAUAAUUGGCUUUAAAUUUAUGGUGGUGCAUAGCAGAAGCCCAUGAAAUGGCUGUAUAUAUUGAACUCAUUUAUUAUCUUUUCAUCAGAGUUCUGUUCCCUUGGCAAGUAUUUAUUUAACACCAGAAAAUGUAUGCAGAAUUAAGAAGGGCUGAUUGCAGAGAUAAUAGGGGAAAAGUGGGUUUUUUUUCCUUUUGGGUCAUUUUGUCCUGUCCAUCCAGUUUAGCACUGAUGAAUCCCGAUCCCAUUAAUUCUGCUUAGUAGUGAUGAGAGUCCUAGUCCUAAUUCUCUGUGGUAUCUGCUUUGCCCUAAGGGUACUCUCUUGUGGAUGGAGCUUGGUGGUCACAGCACAAAACUGCAUCACAGAUAAUCUUUGUGCCUCCACUAGCAAAUAGCAGAGAAAUCUAGGACUAAAUGGAUUAGAUCACAGGGACUGACCUAAAUCCUGUGCUGCAGGAUGAGCUGUGCUGCCAGAUACAGGGAGUUUGACCCCCAGCUCCUGCUGUGGGGAUAACUCUGGGUGGGACAUGACACAAGUGAAUCCGUACUGUUGAUGGGGACAUGAGAAGGUGCAGCUCCCCUGAAUUCUGCUGCUCUUCAGUGCAUUCCCAAGUGCAGCUGCAGUUCAUAUCUGCAUUCAAAGGCUACUCCAGUAGCGGACCAAUAUAUUUUACCAACUUCUGUGCCUGAUUUUCAGUUGAAUUGGCAGGUUCAGUACUCUGUUUGCAGGCUGUACUGCUACCUGACAGCAGUAGCUGUUGCAGUGUGAGACUGUAACUUCAGCUUCUAAAUGGAUUAGGGAUUACAUCUGUAAGAGACUCAAGCUCUUCCUGUGACAUCAGUCAGUCCUUUCUCAGCUGGUGGCAUGGAAUAGGGGUGCACACUGCCUUGGCCAGACAGUAAAUCCAUCUGCUUUAGGUCAGCAGUAUUCUGCUGGGAAGUGCAUGCUAAGUACUUCAUAAAAUU